AAGAUGGAAUUGUUUGUUUUGAGCUAUCAAAAUGCUUGAGGCAAGUGAAAUAAUUUAUUUAAAAUAUAGUUUUUGAUUGCUUUGUGUUAAAUUAAGUCUGUGAUAUAUUCAAAACACUAUUAAGUUUCCUUUGUUUCAGAUUUCAUAUGAUUUAUGAAAUUUCAUUUUUUUUAAAAAUGUAAUUUUAAAUUGUUGUUACGCCUAGCUAGGUAAUAAAAGAAAUUCCUAUCCGAGGUCUGUACAGUACUUCUGCAUUAGCAAGUUGUAGAUGUUAUGCAUUCUAAGAGUUGAAAUGACUUCCAAGUUAUAGAGAACUUGUUUGUGAGGAGUUAAAAUGCUAUGCAUUCCAAAAUAUUAGUGUAGUGUUUGAAAUUUGCUGACUUGUCCAUAAUUGACUUCUUAAUGCUUAAAAAAUGAGUGUUGAAGGUGAAUGCGAGUCAAAACUGGCAUCUGUUUCUCCAAAUAUGCAAAGUGAUGCUUCAACUGAUGGCGAUGCAAGUAUUACAUUGAAUACAUUUAUUUCAAUUGACAAAUCUUCCCCUGUUCCUCAGGAUGCUGCUGUAAGUUGUGAACCUAAAGCAAAGAAACGGCGUAAGCAAAGUAAUCCAUUAAAGAUUCAAAAUGCACCACCUUCUCCAAAAUUUGAUUUAUCUGCUUAUGAGAUGGUGGAUCAAUCAGAAUCUAUAAAUAACCAAAAUACCUAUGAUUUUGAGGAAAGCGUGUUGAAUCAGAAUCAAAGCUAUUUGACUGAUAAAAACAAAGGAACUGAACCAACAUCUCAGAAAGGUACCCUUUCUCGUGUCACAAAUGCCUUACUUAACAACAAAGUUAAAGAAGCUGCCAGAAUAAGCAGCAAAAGUAAAGAAUCUUCCUUACAGUCUUUGACAGAUCUCAGUUCUCCUGAAUCUGGUGAAGAUGUUGUUUCCAAUGAGUACAAGAACCCCACACAAAAUAUAUAUCCUAACAUUAGUUCUUUAGCUACCUACAACCCUGUAGAUAUUGCCAAUGAUGCCACAAAAAUUGCAAAUAUUUAUAACUUUUCAGAUUUUUCAUCUCCUUUACAGCAGGGUAACAUAAAUUUGUCAGUUUCACAGCGCAGUUUUGUAACAUCCAGCGGUGUUAGAGUAUUUAACCCUGAAGCUUAUUGUGAAUUGUGUGAAAAAGAGUUCUGCAACAAGUAUUUUCUCAAAACUCACAAAGCAAAUAAACAUGGAAUAUGCUCUAAUGAAAGUAGUCCCAGUGCCUAUGGUGGACAGCGACUCUCGUAUAAAAAUAUGCAUUUGAAUCCACAAGCAGCCCAACAAAUGAUUACUCAAAUGUGUGAAACAGGGGCUACAUUUGGAUCUGCUGAUUCCUAUUGUAAUAUAUGUCAGAAGUACUUCUGUAACAAGUAUUUUUUGAAAAAACACAGGCAGAAUAUUCAUGGUCUUUUUGAUGAUGUAAAUCCAAAUAUUCCUAGCAGUAUACAUGUACCUGUUAUAUCAUCGCCUUUGCCAUUAAUCAGAUCAGUCAGUCAAGAAUCUAAGUCCACUGAUAAUUCUACUGGAAACAUAACCAAAGACGAAGACUCUCUUAAUGUUAGUAUUGAAAAUAUCAAAAAUUCGUUAAACUGUAGCCUACCUCUUCUGAAUGGUUCUAGUCCUCAUACAUCUCAGAAUAAAAACACAAAUAGUAUUAAUUCUAAAGAAAAAAAAACUGAAAAGUUCUUAUGCGAAUUGUGUAAUAUAGAGUUUUGUGAAAAAUGUUACCUCGAUGCUCACAUGAUAAAUAAGCAUGUCUCGGCUAAAUUGAUGAGUAAUGAAUUUCCUGAAUUUUCAGAGGUUGGAAAAGUAGAAACGAGUGAAAAAGUAUCACAUACUGAUGAAACUGAUGAAUCCAAAGAGUUCAAAGGCCAAAUGUGUACACCUUGUAUGAAAAACUUCACAAGUGCAGAAUCAUUUCAAAACCAUAUGUUAGAAGUUCACGGUGCCUCUUUGAAAGAGGAAGAGGAUGUCUCUCUGGAUCUUGCCAGUCAGAGAAAUGGCCCAAAUCUUGAAAAUGGCAGCCUAGUUCCUCAUGAAAAGUCUCUGAAAGAAAUGGAUAAUUCCAAUGAUUCUGUUACCUACAGUUGUAACUUAUGCUUUCAAAAGUAUAAAGAUCAAAAAAGUUUCUUGACCCAUGCUGAAUCUGAUCAUGGUAUAGUUGGUAAUGCUGCAAUUGAAGCAAGUAAUUUGGUAUGUGAUGCUUGUCCUGAACAGUUUUCAGAUCGCAUUGCCCUCUUGUCCCAUAAGUUUAAAGCUCAUGGCAUUAUUCCUCCUGGUCUUGAAACUCAUAUUGAUAAUGGAGACAGUGAAUACAUUUAUUAUCAAGGUUUGCGUCAUAAAAGUAGUGGCAGUAGCUUCUGUCAGAUUUGUAAUAAGGAGCUGUGUAAUAAGUAUUUCAUGAAAACGCAUAUGCUGAAAAUGCAUGGAAUAGAUGUUGAUAAAGCACUGAUUGAACGUUGGCCUGCUUCAACUGGUGGUGUUUACUGUGACAUUUGUCAGAAAUUUUUGUGUAGCAAAUACUUUUUAAAAGUUCAUAAACAGAAUGUCCAUGGAAUUGUUGAUGAGUCCACUAAAAUGCUCACGGCUAGUGAUAAUCCGUCGUGUGGUAGCACUUUGUCUAUGAAUGACAAAAAAUUGCCUACAAACCUAUCACAGGCGACUAAAAUGAAUAACACAAGUAAAGAAUCUCUAGGAAAUGAUGAUUUUAUUUCUAAAAGAAGCAAUGGUAGUACCUUGUCUUGUGAAAUUUGUGGUCAAGUAUUUUAUGACAAACUUGCACUGCAGGUACAUCUGGUUAAUAAACAUGUAAAAUGUAAUGAUUCUAAAGCUUUCCCAAAUCUACUUUCACAAUCAGAAGAUUCCAAAGAAGCUCUUACAGCAGGAAUUUUACCUUGCCCAUGUUGUUCAUUUGUAAAUUUAGAAGAUAAUGAAAAGCAUUCUCCUAUUAAUAGUUUAGAAAAUAAGAUGAUAUCAUGUAUAGUGUGCAGUAUAACUUAUUAUCAAAAUGACUACCAUACUCAUCAUUUAAGCCAUGGAACAUCAUUACCAAUCGGGAAAAAGAUGCCUAAUUUUGAAAAUGGUACACACGAUGAUUCUGCUAACGGCUUUGAUCUCUCAGGGAAUAACAAUGAAGUUUCAACAAAGAACAGUUUGCGACCUAAGCUGAAAAGAUUCCGCUGCAGUAAAUGUGACAAGACAUUCCGAACCAAAACGAAAUGUUUGCAUCACAUUCAGGUUAUGCAUAAAGUUAAAAAAGGCCUUUCAAACCAGUGUGAUUCGCAAAGCCCAUCCAAAAAAGCAAUGUUGAAUCACAGUUUUCGAAAAGUCGAUCACAAAGGUCCAGAGAAUGGUACAAGCUCCUUGUGUACCAAGGAAACUGAUGAGAGAGCUGCUCUUUUAAGCUCUGGUCUUCCUGAAGGAGCACCAUUGCCUGUGCCAUACUAUUUGCCUACAAAUUCUGAUGUGAUUAUGCAGCCUUUUCAUCUGACUGAACCUAAACCUGAUGAAGCUACUAAGCAAAACAUAUUUGUACCAGCUAUGGUGUUUCUUCCUGUUAGUCAAAAAGUUUCAGAGAAACUCACUGUUGCAUUCACCUUAACUCCUGCUUGAAGGAUGUUAGAUUAGUUUAGUUACGUCUCAGAGUACUUCCUGGUACGAAAUUGCAAAACAAUUAUGAACUAUCCUAUGUAAAGCAUAGACGUCUCUUCAUGAUUUGUAUUCAUUAAAUCAAACGAUCAUGAUCAUUUUUUUUCUCUCUUAGAGAACAAAGUCAACAUAUUUGCCUUUUAACUGAUAGCAAAACUGAAGUUUGGGCAUGAUUAAAAGUCCAUAGGGUUUGAAUGGGUAUUUUAUAUUAAAUUCCAUACUUUAUAUUUCAUUUCAGAUUAAUUCAAGAAAAGAAUCAUUCUACUUUACAAAAUGACAUGAACUGUCAAAUAAAUACCUCAACCUUAGUUUUCAGGUUCAAAUUUUUCAUUGACAAUAAAGUCAUAUUCAAACAUUUUUUAUUACUUAAAUAUUUUACCUCAUUUCUGCUUUAAGCAUGCCCUUUUCUACCUCGGUAAAGUAUUG